AUGGAGGUAACCACGUCGCCUACCAAAUGGCAGCUUAUUAGGGGAUUACCAUCUGGAAAGCGGGAGGGCAUUCGGAAUGAGAGAGCCCGGCGGACCAAGAUCGCGGCUAUCGAUUUUGUAAAAGGCCAGUCGGUUCCGACUAUACAACAUAUCAACAGCCCGGACGGCUUAGCGGACUGCCUGGAUCAACCGGCGGUCCCGGGCGCUAGCCGGCUGUACGUGGUGGAGGACCUUUCGCGAGAUGUCGUCGAGCAUCUGGGCUCUAAGCUCGACAUAGACCCUCUCUUCUUCCGAGAGCACAUCAACGACUACACGUGGUACAAUACGCGCGAUCCGUGGGUCGAGCUCCCGGACCUCGAUAUCGUGUCGCGGACACGGCCCUACUUCCGCCUGACGUAUAAUCAACCGCGGUACUUCAAAAACGAGGAGAGCUUCCGCAGCGCGAACAAGCAGGCUGGGAUGUUCAAUGUACUGAGGAGGCUCGACGUCGAUCUCGAUCACGUGUCGUUGUUCGACGAGAAAAGCGCGAUCGUCGCCCUUGUUAGAAGCAAGGCGUCGUUUUGGAUCAAGCCGGCCAGCGAACAGGCCAUCGGGGUCCUGCUCAUCGACCCGCCCAUCACGGAAGGCUUCUCCCUCUGGAAAGGCUACCGGCCCUUCAUGAACUCGCCCGCCCCCUCGGAGCACAAGACAUACGACGUGCCGCCGCGCAGCAGCCUCUACGACGAGCUGCUCUUCUGGAUCCAGCACACGUCGCAGCACGACAUCGACGCGAUCGAGGACAACCCGCGGGCCAUGACCUUCCGGAUCCUGCAGAUCAUCUGCGCCGAGUGGCUCACCUUGAGCCGCUACGUCACCGCGCGCCUGGGGCAGAUCGAGUGGGAGAUCGAGCGGCCCGAGCUGUUCCGCGUCGAGAGGGGCGCGGCGCCCCGCCGCGACGAGUACGUCAACUUCAACAUAUCCCUGCAGAAGCUCCACACCUGGCGGCGGCGCCUGCCCCUCUACCGCGCCAUGGUCGCCGACACCCGCGCCAAGCUGUUCCCCGAGCCCGACCCGGGCUUCGCGUCGGCGACGGCGGUGUCCAGCCGCCGCGACUGCGUCGCCCAGAUGGCGCGCGACUUCGCCGUCGUCGCGAGCCACAUCGACGACCUGCUUUCGCGGACGGAGCGCAUCGCGGCGGUCGCGACGGCGGUCACGGCGAUCGAGGAGAGCCGUCGCGCGAUCGAGCAGAACACGACGCUGGGACGGCUGACGUACCUCGCGGUCAUAUUCGCGCCGCUGAGCUGCGUGUCGAGCUUCUUCAGCAUGUCGACGGACGUCGCGGCCAUGGGGCAGACGAUCUGGAUCUACUUUUGCGUCGCGGUGCCGAUUAGUUGGCUUGUGUAUAUGCUGGUGGAUAAGCACUGGGCGAAGGGGAUUGUGGAUACGUUUAAUAUGGUGAAGGAGAAGGGGUACAUACCUACCGGCCUGGUAUGUAUUGGAAUCACCGCGGAUGGCAGAUUGAGGCGCUUUGGCGCGUAA